UACCCUUUCAUUUCCGUUAAAAAAUGACGUGAUGUAAUUUCCAGUUUACAAUAAAUAAUACGUCGGGAAACACUUACUAGGAAAAAAUGAUUCGCCAUUGGAUGUCGGACCCGAAAAACUAGCGUACCAUGUGAUUUUAAUCUUCAGUCAUAGAAAUAGAAUCUCAAAAGUCGAUUAUUUCCUACCGGGAAAUUGAAAUCGAAAGUAAAACAGUUUUUUUUUGUAAUUCGUAGAAAUGGCAAAUAUUAUUGAUGAAUGAAGUCUUUAUGAUCAAAACAAAGAUUCAGACCAUCAGCCCGAGGUAUAAAUGAAUAAUCAACCCGCUUUUUAUGUAGCACUUUAAUGGUGGAAUUACCAUCUCAAUUGAAUACUGGUAACUGGAUAAAACAGACUAAGAUUUUACCUACUUUCUUCAUAUAUUUGUAGAACUUUAAUUAUUGAAUUACCAAUUAAAUACUGGAAAAAACAGACUAAGAUUUGGCCUACUGUGAGAACUUUAAUCAUUUAAUUAAUAUACCAAUUAAAGACUGGACAAAAAAGCCAACUAUUAGUAUUAAGAAUGCAGCGAACAAGUGAUGUAAUGAUCCAUAAUACUACUGUAUUAAGUGACCUCCAAGAGGGAGAUAUUGUCGAGUUCGAUCGUGGACUUUAUUCACAUUAUGGUGUUUAUGUUGGGAAUGAAGAAAUUGUUCAUUUAGCCGGUGAAGAUGAAUAUGAUGGUUUAGGUGACGUCAAUACCAGUCAUCUCUUCAGUAUUUCUGGACAAAGAUUCAACAAAGCCUGGGUGAAAAAAGAUAGUUUUUGGACCGUGACCAGCAAUUCUAGAGCCAAGAUAAAUAACAAAGAUAACAAGAGAAAGCCAUUACCGAAACGUCAAAUAGUGGAGAAUGCAUUAUCUCGAUUGGGUCGUGUUGGCUACAACCUUAUCUACAGUAACUGUGAACAUUUCGCUAAUUGGUGUCGAUAUGAAGUCGAGAAAAGUGAACAGGUUGAUAAUUGGUUAACAGGACUGGCACUGGGGGUUGCAGGGGUUUUAACGGUUGUUGGAGCAGCGUUUUUGAUGCCUCAGAAAGAUGAGAAAGGGAAAGAAAGGGCCCAAGAACAAUAGUUGUAAAGAUUCCAAGAUUGCCAGUGAAAUUGAAUUUAUAAAGUUGUAUAUAAUUCAUCUUUAUGUUUGUAUAUAAAAUGUUUAUAUUUUUAACCAGAACAGAAGACUUUUAACGUGAUUUUAAUGCCAUAAAAUUCCUUGCUAACUACAAUAUUAUGAAAAUGGAAUCUCUAAUAGUAAUAUCAGUUCGACAAUAGUUGAAUAUCAGUUCAGUAUUUACAAAUACAUGUAUGUAACAAAUUGAAAAUUACAUCAAAAUACAUUGUGUAAUAAGCAAGACGUCAUCUUUAUCUCCCGGGAACCAAAUUGAUGAUCCUGUUUAGCAUCUGAUUGAAUUCAAGCUGUGAGAUUAUCUAGGGGGUACGCGAUUAAACGUUCUGGACUUGAAUUCUCAAAAAUAAUCACAAUCGAGUGAAAAGGGGGAUUUCGGGUUACAGCAUAAGAAAAUCAGCUGUCAUGGUUGGUUGAGAUAUUUUCUUAUGCUGUGUUUAAUUACGUCACGAUUCUACUUACACCACCUCCUGUGACAGGACUGAAUUCCGCGUCAUUCAAUUGCAAAUCUGUCAGUUCGGAACGUUCUGGACUGAGAAUCAAGCAUCCCUUAAGCAUUGGUAUUUUUAUUUUGGAUUUCUUGAUUAAAUGUUAAAUAAUCAAUUUGAGUACAUUUUUGCAUAUAUUAAAGAUAGAUUAUGGGAGAUAAGAUAAAGAGAUGGCAGUUCUCGCUAUAAUAGUUUAAAACUAGAUAGUGUAAAGGUAAUUUGCUGAAAAUUUCAGUCAAAUUGAUCCACUAUAAGCCGAGAAAGAAGCCGAUGAAAUUUUCGCAUAGUCUCAGUUAUCAUCACUAAAAUCAUUAAUAUAAAAAGCAUAGUCUCGAUUACCCUCUUUUCUGAUUUAAUUAUCUUUGGCCGUUAGCGGCAUAUAGGAAUCUAAUCAAGCCUACAUCGAAGGCUAGCCUUGACAUCGAGAGUCAUUAUACACAACAAACAAUCUGACAAAAAAGAUCUGAGCUUCGGUGUACCGCAGGGCUCAGUUUUAGGCCCAAUUUUGUUUAGCAUAUACACCACCCCAUUGUCCAAAAUUAUUGAGAAACAUGGUCUGCAGUUCCAACUUUACGCAGAUGACACUCAGUUGUACCUGUCGUUUAAACCCUCUCUGCCUGGAGAUUUCAAUACAUCAAAAUAUCAAAUUGAAGAGUGUAUUAUUGAAAUUCGUGUAUGGAUGGGAAUCAAUUUCCUUAAACUGAACGACGAAAAGACUGAAUACAUUCUUUUUGGAUCAAACAGUUUAGUAUCUAAGUUUGAUAAAGGUGUUUCACUCUUAGUUGGUGAGCAUGAAAUAAUCCCAACAUCUUCAGUCUGUAACAUUGGUGUUAUCUUUGACAGUGAACUAUCCAUGGAGAAACAAAUUAGCAAUAUUUGCAGAUCUUGUUAUUUUCAACUGAGGAAUAUAAGUAAAAUCAGUAAAAAUUUGCCAGUUGAGUCCAUCAAAACUGUUGUUCAGGCGCUUGUCACAUCACGAUUAGAUCAAUGUAAUUCGUUACUUAUUGGUUUACCAUCUCGUCUCACUGAUAAAUUGCAAAAGGUUCAGAACGCCGCAGCUCGUCUCAUUACCAGAAGUAAAUAUAAUGAUCAUAUCACCCCUAUUUUAAUUCAACUUCACUGGUUACCCAUUGUUUUUAGAAUUCAAUAUAAGGUCAUUCUUUUAACUUUUAAAUGUUUAAAUCAUAUGGCACCGUUGUAUUUAUCGUCGCUUUUAGAUAUAUAUUCCCCUACUCGUACAUUGAGGUCCUCAAGUGACCAUUAUUCACUUGUCUGUAAAACAGCUAGACUGAAAACUUAUGGUGAACGAUCGUUUACAGUGCAGGCCCCUAAACUGUGGAAUAAGCUCCCACUUACUCUCAGAAGUUCUACCUCUUUAUCGAGUUUUAAAUCGCAAUUGAAAACACUUUUAUUCAAACAAGCUUUUGAUUUAUAGAUUUAUUUUUACUGUUUUAAUUUUAUACAAUUAUUAUAGAUUUUUAAACGUAUGUUUUAUUUUUUUUAUAGUUUUUUAUGUAAUAUAUAUUGUACAGCGCAUCUGAACACAUUUUGUGAAAGCGUGCGCUAUAUAAAUGAUGAUAAUAAUAAUAAUAAUAUUAUGGUCUGGAUAAGUUAAUUAAUGUCUAAUUGAUAAUUUAGAUAAAAUUUCAGGCCUAAGGAAAGACUUGUAAUAAGCAGAUUUUGCUCUUGCAUAAUGCAUGUUUAAGCUGUGAGAGAUUCUAUAUUUUCCUUAAAUUUAAUUUUUAUUUCUAAACUGAACUCAAAUGGUAUUUAUGUAUGAUAGAUUUAGAAGUAAUAAUAUUUCUACCAUAAAAAAAACUGACGCAUGCAAGGGAAGACUUCAACUUUCUUAUGAGGAAAAGUCUUAGAAGUCUUUAAUCUUUUUCUGACAGAUAAAGAACUGGAGUUUAUAUAAGAUGAA